AUGGCUAGGAACGCUACGUCGCAGCUCGAAAAGCAAGGCGUGUGCGAAGAUUUAGAUGCGUCUGUCGCGCGUCUCGGGGUGUUUGGCGCGGCGUAUCAGUUUAAGGACACGCCCGCCUGCCGCGCCUCAGUCAACAAAUUCAACUGCCUCUCGUGGGCAGCAGCCAACAAUGCGUGUCCGAACGCACCGCUGCCGCCGUGUCGCUCCAUGUGCGUCGAUAUCGCCGACACGUGUGUCUUCACGCCGCUCUACGCUCUUUUUCUGAGCGAAGUGUGCAGUCGGUUUGCUUGUGCCGAGAGUGCACCGACGGGGUGCGUCCCUGGCGCCAACGAGCAGCUGCCGUCGUUCAACCGGUGCACACUGCACGACGACUACCGGCAACUUGCUUUGUCCGGCGCAUCGCGAGAUGUGGACACGCUGUUUGUGUUUCUCAUAUUUCUUAUUGGUGGCCUUCUUGGGUCCUAAGGUCAUGCAACGAUCAAGCCAAGUUGGCGGGUGCU